UUUUUUUUUGCACGUUCUCAGUAGACAUUUUUCAGGCCGCAAAAGCCACCCAUUCCCGCGUUUAUUUCCAGAGACGCUGCCGGAACGCCGCCCGUCAAGAAGGACAUGGAUGUCAUCUGCACCAUCUGCUGGGAUUCGCUGGACAGUGGGCGCAUCUACGCCACCACGUGCGGGCACAUCUUCCACGAGCGGUGCAUCGUGAACUGGACGAUGCGAAGCCACUGCUGCCCGGAGUGUCGUCACGAGCCGACCUUUCCGAUGCGUGUGAUACACUUCACCUGGCCGGAGCAACUCGAGGCCCAGGAAAUGCAGCCAUCGCCGGACGGGCAGCAGGAUGAAGCGAACUCAAGCGACCAGGAACACCAGCCGCCGGUACGGAAAACCGUUUCCACGGAGGAUAUGUUCUCGUGCGCCGGUGGAGAAGAGGAACCGGAACGCAACACGGUCGAGAUGACGGAGCUGACGCCACCACCGCCGGAGAGUUCUCGUGCCUCGCAGCAACCGAUCGACGGCGCGGAGCUGGAAGGUACAAGUAGCGAAGGAUGCGGCGUGUGUGGCCGCUUCCACUAUUUGCUGGAGAAAGCGAUCCAGCUCAGAAACACCAUCAAGGAGUACGAAAAAGCGCACCGGGCAGGUUCUUCGCCCCCAAGCCCGGCGGCAUCCGAACACCUGAAGCAGGCCCUCUGCUCGGGCCCAGUAGCCAAACGGGCACGGCAAUAGCGGCCUCCGCUGUGAAGUGUGACUUGUCAUCGUCAUCCAAAUUAUACCGUCGAUUGAUCUGUUGAGAGUGGAUAUUAGUGACUGACCGUGACUGAAGUCCACAUAUGGCCAUCGAUGCAGUAGGCUCGAAAAAAAAAAAAACGCCCGCUUCUCAGCAGACAGAAAGCCCAACACACAUCCGGGAAGUGUGGUAGCGGAAAAGAAUCAGAGAACACACACACACACACACACACUAUUGAACAGGCUGCGCUGAUGACUUCUUGAUAUAUAACACGUGCAGAAAAAACCCACCAUCUUCGGCAGGCAUCUCAGUCAAAGCUUUGAAAAACCUCCUUCCGAUCCGAGUGGAUCAAAUUUGUUUGGAACUAUUUUUUUUUGUACUGUGCAAAGUCAUUUCGGCACUGAAGAUCUAUUGCAUCCAAUGACCUCUAACAUAUUUUGACACGAUUUACAAUAACCUUAUGGGUUUCGCAUUUCGUUCAUAGAGUAGACGGAAUUCAAUUAGUCACCUGAAUGGAAUGUUUUGUUACGAUCAGCUAUUGCAAUGGAUUUCAAGAGAAGCAUACAUUUUUACAAUUCUUAUCA